GCAGCCUUGACCUGCCGGGCGUGGGCGGCGCGAUGUGAGGCGCCCCAGGACCCAAGCGUCCCCCUGGCCCGCCAGCUCCGCCAGCGCCGGCGCCAGCAGGCUCUAGGGCCAUUUUGUGAUGACUGAAGGCAAGGACCGCCACUCAACUCACAUCAGCGUCUCCAUCGCCCGGCACACACCCUUCCGCAGAGGCCGGGCUCCAGGACGAGAUGGCAGCCAAGCAGCCGCCCCCUCCCAUGAAGAAGCACAGCCAGACGGACCUCGUGAGCCUCCUGAAGACCCGCAAGAUCCUCGGUGUAGGCGGGGAGGACGACGAUGGGGAGGUCCACCACUCCAAGAUCAGGCAGGUCUUGGGCAAUGAGAUCCAGUUCGCUGUUCCGGAGCCUUUGGGGCUCAGGGUCUGGCAGCUUGUUUCUGCUGUGCUCUUCUCUGGCAUGGCUAUUAUGGCCCUCACCUUUCCUGACCACCUCUACGAUGAGGUCUUUGAUGGAGCCCAGGUGACCAGCAAGAACCCCAUCCGCCUCUAUGGUGGCGCCCUCCUCAGCAUUUCUCUGAUCAUGUGGAACAGCCUCUACAGGGCCGAGAAGGUCAUCAUCCGGUGGACUCUGCUCACCGAAGCCUGCUACUUCUCCGUCCAGUUCUUGGUGGUCACUGCCACACUAGCCGAGACAGGCCUCGUGUCCCUGGGGAUCCUGCUGCUCCUGGCCAGCAGCCUCCUUUUUGUCGCCAUCAGCGUUUACUACUGUUACCAAGUUGGUCGAAAACCCAAGAAAGCUUAG